AUGUGGCGGCGGGCGGCGGUGGCGGCGGGACGGGGACUGCGGGGGCCGCCGGCGAUGGCGGGGCGGCGGUGGCGGAGCGGGGCGGGCAGCCCCGACCGCGCCGCUGCCGAGCGGGCCCCGAGGAUCUACACGAGGACGGGAGACUCAGGAUUCUCCAGCACCUUCACCGGGGAGCGGCGGCCCAAGGGCGACCGCAUCUUCGAGGCCCUCGGAGCCACGGACGAGCUGAGCUCGGCCAUCGGGCUGGCUGGUGAGUUUAGCAGUGAAAAGGGUCACACGUUUGUUGAUCAACUUCAUAAAGUCCAGUGCAUGCUGCAGGAUGUGGGCUCCAACAUUGCCACACCACUCUCCUCAGCCAGGGAGGCUCACCGGACUGAAUUUUCUCUCCCGUCUGUAGAACGAACGUCGUUCAGCGAGAAGCCCGUGCUGGAGCUGGAGCAGUGGAUUGACAGCUACUCAGAGCAGCUGCCUCCCCUCAGAGCCUUCAUCCUGCCCUCUGGGGGCAGGAGCAGUGCUGCUCUCCACUUCUCCCGAGCCGUGUGCCGCAGGGCUGAGAGGUGCGUGGUCCCUUUAGUCCAAGCAGGAGAAGCAGAUCCAAAUGUGGCCAAGUAUUUAAACAGGCUCAGUGAUUAUCUCUUUGUCCUGGCACGUUAUGCUGCAAUGAAGGAAGGGAAGGAAGAGAAAAUCUACAUAAAGCCUGAGCCCUAGCUGGGAGCUGGAAUGUUUUGUCCUUGAUCAUGGAAAACUAAAUCCAGUUGACUGCUUUUGUCCAUCAAGGAAGGGAGAGAGAACAAGCCUGGACUGGAAAUUGGAGCUGCCAAGGAUUUCCAUGUGAAAUAACCAGGACCUUGUUGAUAAAUCCUGAGAGGAACAGAAUCACAGAAUAUCCUGAGUUGGAAGGGACCCAAACACACCUGUUAUAUUCCCUGGGCCUGGCCCACACAUCCCAUGUGGGGAUGGCUCUGGAGUCACUGCUUCUCCAAGGUGGGAGUUGAGGCAGGAGAAUUCCAUAACAUUUUGGAGAUGCCUUCAUUUCCCUGGGCAGCAGCAGGUGCUGUGGGAAGGCUCUGACAGGACUCUGAGGGAUGAUGAAGGGAAAACAAUCAGCUCCUCCUUUGAAGUCUCAGUGCUCGUAUGGAGCAGCAGCUGGAGGCGUUUGGGAAUUGUGUCCGCCGCUCUGAAAUAAUAAAUGUGAAUUUCCUUGUACCAAA